AUGAACGGCCGUGAGCGUCUCCGUUCACCGGCGACGAAUGAUGCGCGGCGCGUAGCAGAUUCUCGCAAUGGCUCCGGCUCCGGCUCCGGAGAUACCAUGUCCAGGGCCGAGAAGUUCGAGGACGAGAAGAAGCGCAUCAUUCAAAGUUGCUACUCUAAGAAGGAUACUGAUGGAACUUUGAUUGAAUCCUAUAUUACGCACGUCCGCAUCAUCGAAGAUGCGGCGUACCCCUCGACCCCUGCCCCACCGGACUCAGCUCCGGUGAACAAGAAACCUCGCGUCAUUAUAGUUUCCGUUCGAAGAUCAGGCCGUGUUCGAAUGCACAAAGCCCGUGAGAAUAAUGAUGGCACCUUCUCAAUUGGAAAGACGUGGAUGCUGGACGAUCUUACUGGAAUUCAAUCUUACAGCGCUUUUGUACCAAAGUCACCAGCCGAACAGCAGCAUAAGGAGUGGGCUGGAAGUGUUGGAUUCGUGGUGAGCGUGGGCAAGCCGUAUUAUUGGCAUGCCAGAAGCUCCAAGGAAAAGGAGUUCUUCAUUGGCAGUCUGGUGAAGAUCUACAAGAAAUAUACCGGAGGCAAAGUGCCGAACCUCAUUGGGUUUGAUGAGAGAGAAAGACAACUCCUUGUAGGUUCUCCAGGUCCUUCGGCGCCUUCAGGCCCCGCUCCACCGGGGUCGUGGGGUGGUCCUGAGCCUUCGACGGAGAUUCCUUCGCCUCCUCAACAUCCACCCGCGCUGCAAGCAUCGUCUAACCGUGAUCCGAGUCGCGAUGGAGCUCGCGAGGUUCAGCAAAGGCCAUUCGAGGAUCCUGUUCUUCGAUCUCAAAAGAGCCGUGAACAGAUGAACCGUCCGUCCACUGCUUCAAAACCAGCCCCCUCCCCCUUCGGACCGCCUCAGAAUACACCACCGCGAGCGGACCCGAAGAGUAGAGAGCCUCCCACGACGCUCUUGCAUGCUGGAGAUGAACCUAAGCAGGGCCAUACAAAAGACGAAAUUCGACCUCCAUCCUCGCGGGAUGGCCGUGCAGCAAUUCCACCAUCACUUCUCGCGGCUCGAGCACCCGAACCAAGACCUUUGGAACCUAAGCGCAGUACAGAUGCUUUGCGGCCCACGACACCUGGGUCGUUUACCAGUGAGAACCGAGGCAUCAAUGCAAGCCCCGGAAGCGCCAUUGGUCAGAAGUCUCCGUAUCGCGAUGUACCCGAGGAAGCUUCUGCAGCGGCUCAAGAGCCUGCACCAGAUACCACCACCGCCCCUACAGCUGCUGUGGAGGUAGCUAAGCCUGCACCCCCGCCUGAAGCAGAAGCUCCAUAUUCACCACCAGUUGUCGAGCCUGAAGUGGUUGCGCCUGUUGCGGCGUCUGAAGAAAUAUCCAAACCCCCCAUGGUGGAAGCUGGAACUUCGAAAGAUGAGACUGUCACCAGUCCCUCGAAGGCAGCGGAUGAGGAAACAGAGGCACAUCGCCCUGGGUUAGGCCCAAUGAUCAAGAAAAAAUCUGCAAAGGACAUUGCCAGUGCUUUCCGGAAGGCUGCCAAUACCUAUGGUGCCUUCAAACCACGCCCUGGUGGAGCUGGCGAGCGUCUCCUCGCAGCAGCCAAGAAACAACAAGCCUCGGCUAUGGGUCCCGAUGGUAUCACCGGGGUUGUUCCUGCUCCAUCCAGAUCUGCCAAUGAUAUAACGAAGAUUUCUGCGGACGAAAUAGAAGACCGAGAGAAAUCGGUAGUGUCACCAGCAUCAGCGCCACCCGCGACUGUCAGUCCGCAGCCCGUGACGCCGACUGUUGAAAUCACACAACAUCCAGAUGAGGAUUCCUUCCCUCCUUCGAAACCUGCACCGGCAGCAGGAGAAUCUAAAGAUUCUCUGUCCGAACUCACAAAAGUCGAAAGCCAUACCAAAAGUCCCUCGCCGGGUGCUCAGGCUCGUCGUCGGAAACGCCGCGAAGAUCACACCAUCAAAUACUGCCAAUCUCUGGGGAUCGACCCCAAUGUCUUGGAUGGAUGCGGUAUUGACUUCGAUGAUAUCUUGACUGAUUUGGGAUGGAAUGGGCGACUGGGUGAUGAGCAGAAGAUUGAGGAUUUGGAAGCCGACGUCCGUCGGGAGAUAGGCCGCGUUGAAGCAACCAGCUGGCUGGGUAACCUUGAACAGCAAGAAGGCAAGGUUGAACAACUGGCGGUCUUGAUCGACAAAACCAUCGAAGAGUGCGAAGAGUUGGACGGCUUGCUUACGCUCUACUCGCAUGAAUUGAACACUCUAAAUGAUGAUGUCGCAUACAUCGAAGCUCAAUCUCAAGGUCUGCAGGUGCAGACUGCCAACCAGAAGCUUCUUCAGAACGAGUUACAAACUCUGCUCAAAACCCUGUCGAUUUCUCCGUCCGAUAUCCGUCCCCUUAGAGAGGCUUCUUUGACCAACCCGGAUGGGUUAAAGGAGACUGAAACCGCGCUCUCGACCCUAUAUAAGGCAAUGCUGAUGAUUGAUGCUGAUAUCGGGCAAAAUCAAAAGAGGCAAGCAGACGCCAGCAUGGGCGUUUACGCAAAUACCGAGAUUGGCCAAAUGCGUGCCAUCAAGGAGAGGAAGGGCGAGUACCGCCAAGCUGCCUUGUCGUUCCUUCAGCGUCUGAAACCAUUCAUGGCGGUCUCCUUCAAGACGGCGGAACAGAAACGAGCCGAUGCCGUGGUUGGCUCGCCCAGAGACCCCAUGAAGCUGGACGGCUCCGCACGACAGAAGUUCCGUGAAGAAGUGUGGAGAUAUAAUCCGUUGAUGCUCUUUGCGAAGGAAGUCAGCUCGUCAGAAUGGCACGACCUUGUUCAGCUUUACGAGCAACAAUCCAAGCCGUCGUACCAGAAUGAUUUCCGCGAGAACACACUAGCGUGGAAGAAAGUGGCCCGCAAGCCCACCGGAGAGGAGCAGGAACUUCUCUUUACCCACCAGGAGAAAGAGAAGGAGGGCGAAGGAAUCACUAUGGCUGCCCGAAAGUUGACCGUUCGUCGCGGCAAGACGAUCCGAGCUGCAACUGGGCUGCGCUUGGCUUCAAGUGAAAAGAAACCCACCAGCAAAAUGGAGCCGUGCGAGGCAUUUGCUUCAGGCCUACAAGAGACACUUCAUAUGAUUACGGACGAGCAGAACUUUGUUGUCCAAUUCUUCCACCUCGAUUCUCUUGCCACCGCCGACUUUUCGGAUUUGGUGGCUGCUGCAAGCCCAUAUGAUCGCCAAUGCCCCGACUUUACAGUCAAACAUUCCCCUGACCCCGACCGCCAGAUGGCGAAACGCGUUGAGCAGAUCAUGGAUGAAAUCUACUCUUUCUGGCCCAAUGACCUGCAGAGUAUGGUGGAUUGGGCGGUGCAAGCCGAUCCGAUGCAAGGCAUUGGUAUCCUAUCCGCUCUCGAGUCAGCUAUAACUGACCUCGACGACACUAAUCAAGAGUUCAUCAUUCACUCCCUACAGAAGGUCCACUCGCGAUUGAUGGGCUUGUUUAAUCGAUUCGUGGAUGAGCAGAUCCGCGGCAUCGAAGAUACCAAGGUCAAGGUCAACAAGCGAAAGGGUGUCAUUUCCUUUAUGCGAGUCUUCCCCAACUUCUCCACAGCCGUUGAAAACAUGCUGGCCAACUCGGCUGCGGAGACCGGUGACAUGCGCGUGAGCGUCAACGAUGCUUACGACCGCAUCAACCGGGCCAUGUGGGAGUCGCUCAAGUUUAUCGCCAAGGAAGCGCCCGGUCAGCCUCCAGUUGUGGCUGCCAGCGCUGGAGACCCCGAGGACAAGGAGGUGUUGAACUACCACAUUUUACUCAUUGAGAAUAUGAACCACUACGUUGAGGAGGUUGAUGUGCACAGCCUGCCAGUGCUCGAACGGUGGGUGGACCGAGCGCGCCAAGACUUUGACGAGCAUAUGAAACUUUAUCUCGACGCCGUCAUCCAUCGGCCGUUGGGCAAACUGGUUGAUUUUAUCCAGUCCGUUGAGGCCCUGCAGGACAAUGGCACCCCCGAAGAGAUUGCCGCGCGCGCCAGCCACUCCCGCAUGGUGGCCAAGAAGGUGCUCUCCUCGUAUGACGCCAAGGAAAUCAAGCGAGGCGUCGAGAUGCUCAAGAAGCGAGUUGAGAAGCACUUUGGCGAUGCCGAUGACCCUGGUCUCAGUCGCAGCCUGGUGCUGAAGGUCCUCCAUGAGUGCGAGCUUCGCUACGAGGAUGCCUGGGACCGCACUCGGCACAUUAUCGAUACGGUGUACGAGGGACAGUUGGAGAUGGAAUGGCGCAAGGAGGAUGCCGUGACCAUGUUCCGGAAAUAA